CUCCUUUACUAGAAGAGACACACAGAUCCUACCGAGAGACCAGUCGCUCAAGAGCCACUUCAUAUAACCGGUGUAUCAGUGUUUGUAAGAGGAUUCAGUCGCUCGCGCGCAAUGGUGAUAUAAACUUUAGUCGCGCCAAACUCAAACCUGAAACCAGACAGACCUAGUCAUGUUUCCUCUGCCGAUGUUCACCCCUGAGCAGGUGGCUCGAGUCUGCGAGAAUCUGGAGGAGACGGGAGAUAUGGAGCGCUUGGGGCGCUUCCUCUGGUCGCUGCCCGCCGCGGUGCCCGGUUCCGCCGGAGAGCUGCUCAACCGGCACGAGUCGGUGAUGCGCGCGCGCGCUCUCGUCGCCUUCCACGGCGGGAACUUCGAGGCUCUCUAUCAGAUCCUGCAGAGCCACCGCUUCACGCGCGAGUCCCACGCCAAGCUGCAGGACCUGUGGCUGGACGCGCAUUACCGCGAGGCGGAGCGCCUGCGGGGGAGGCCCCUGGGGCCCGUGGAGAAGUACCGCAUCCGGAAGAAGUUCCCCCUUCCUCGGACCAUCUGGGACGGCGAGCAGAAGACGCACUGCUUUAAGGAGCGAACCCGUAGCCUCCUGAGGGAAUGGUACCUGCAGGACCCCUAUCCAAACCCCUCCAGAAAGCGUCAUCUGGCCCAGGCCACGGGUCUCACCCCCACUCAGGUGGGCAACUGGUUCAAAAACAGAAGACAGCGGGACAGAGCGGCGUCUGCUAAAAACAGAUUGCAGCAAGAUUCAUGCCUCCAUCCCUCCGGAAGCUCUCCAGAAUGCUCCUCGGAGCACAACACGCACCUCCAGGGCUCCUCACCGCACCGUCCCGGGAGCCCGGGGGAGAACAGUGACUGUAGCUCGGGCACAGGGCCGCGGGGGACCGGGGCCUCCACCCCAGACAUAUCCGUCAGCAGCGACAGCGAGUUUGAGUCGUGAAGAACACCUGCACCUGCCCUCCGAGACGGACGCAAAGACACGAGAGUUUGAAGCGUCUGGAGGGGAGAGGACUGCUGCUCGUACAUGCACUUAAAGGAAAGACCGAGAAAUCAGGUUGCAAGAAGUCCGACUGAGCUCUCAGUUGCUCCCUUUUAUCGUGAUCGGUUCGUCCCUGACCAAAGAGGAUCUGCAAUUUUUAGGCUGGACCUCUUAAAAGGCACGUGCCAAAUAAAUCUCUUCAGGUUCACUGGCUUUUUCAAUCAUCCUAAUACUCAGGUGGCACAAAAUAUGAGAUGUAUCACACAGAAGGACAUAUAUUAUGCAUAUUUUGUAUUUGAAAUCGAAUCUAGAUCGUCCAUCCUGGCCUUUCAUAGCUCUGCAAACAUCUGUCAAAAGCAUGAAGCAGUUUGUCUGCUUGUCAAACUGCUUGUCAAACUUGUCCAAAAAGAGACCCACUGAAAACAGAAGGUAGAAGUGACUCGCUGCUGUAUGUUUUCAUAAGAAUGGAGUGUAGAUUAUGUCAUUUACUUGAGCUAACAUUGCAUUUUGUUGUUUGUUGUUGGUAAAUGAGGAUUUAGGUCCAUUGAGUUUUUUCAUCUGUUGAAUAUAAUGAUGUAGCCUGGAUGAAAAUAGAUUAACUGACGUUAUGGAAUAUAAAUGCUGCUUCCCUUUUAAUACACUGUGAAUUUGAAUAUAUUGUGAACACACAGCAUCUUGCAAUCAACUUUCUGUACAUUUCAUUUCAGCAAACAGAGUCACUCAGCUUUUUAUGUGCCUAUAUUCGAGGACGACAUCAGACUUUAUGACCGUCCGUCAUUUAUAAUUUCCAAACCCAUACUCACCGAAGAAGAACGGGACCGUCUUGUGUUCAUUUGUCUGAAAAUGUGAAAUAAAUGAUAUUAUUUUUGAAUCUAA